AUGGGAGAUUUCAACGCACAAAUCGGGCCAGAUAACAAUGGAAGAAAGCAAGUGAUGGGUAAACAUGCUCUCGGCACAAUGAACGAUAAUGGGGAGCGUUUCUAUGAAUUAUGUAACACCAUGGGCCUCACCAUAGGAGGUAGUCUCUUCCCGCACAAACAUUUGCAUAAAGUCACUUGGGUUUCCCCAGAUAAUGCAACAGAAAAUCAAAUCGACCACAUUGCCAUCAGCAAAAUGUGGAGACAUUCAUUAUGUGAUGUCAGAAAUAAAAGAAGUGCAGACAUGGCUUCUGACCACCAUCUACUAAUCGGUGAAAUACAACUCAAAUUAAAUGCGGUCUUUAGAAAGCCACAAUUCAAAAGGAAACGGUUCGACCUCGCCAAACUCGACAACCCUACUGUUCAAAAUAACUAUCAAUCUCUUUUAUCGGCCCAAAUCCCUAAUCCCUUGCCACUAGAAGAAGAAAUCUUUGAAGCCGAAACUUAUUGGGAACAAGCAAAAUGUGCCUUCACUGAAGCAGCACAACAAAGUGUCGGUAUUCCUCAACGUCAAAAUAAUCCGUGGAUCACCGAACAUACAUGGAAUCUUAUAAAAGCGCGCAAAGGAGAAAAAGAAAAGGUUAACAGGGCAAGAACGCGCCAAACAAAGCAGCAGGCACAAGCCAACUACAGUAUUGCCAACCGCAAAGUUAAACGCAGCGCUAGAGCCGAUAAGCGCAGAUGGCUCGACAAUUUAGCAACAGAAGCUCAAAAAGCAAGCGAAUCACAUAGGCUCAAAGACCUACACAACAUCACUAAAGCUAUGGUGGGACGUAAACACAGGAUUGCAAAGCCAAUAAAAAAUACCAGAGGCGAACUAGUACACUCUACCGAAGAUCAGCUAAAAGUUUGGGAAGAUCACUACAGAAAUCUCCUAGCGGGAAACAACACCUAUCCUCAGCAGGAACUAUGUAGUAGACACCACGAACAUGUUGCUCGCAACGAUAUAAACACAGAUGUACCUAACAUCAGUGAAAUUGAGGCAGCAAUAACUCAGCUUAAAGCAGGUAAGUCCGCUGGUCCGGACAAUAUUGCCCCCGAACUGCUCAAAGCAGACAAAAUUUCAGCUGCUCAAAUUAUUCAACCAAUUGUCAACAACUUCUGGUCCCAAGAGUCAUUACCGCCUAAUCUUAAAGACGGCAUCAUUAUUAAUAUACCAAAGAAAGGUAACCUGAUGGAAUGCUCCAACUGGAGAGGCAUAACUUUACUAAAUGUAGCUUAUAAAGUUAUUGCUCAAAUCUUACAUAAUCGGGAGUAA